GAGUAAGAGCGGAUUGCACAUUUUGAUGCAAUCUAUUUUCCUGCCAGCGCGCAGCCCAGCCUGUGUCUGCCGGCCGGGCGGCCGGACCUUUGGGCCGGACCCCCUGCAAGCCUCAGCUCGAUAUAGCUAGGUAGGCCAGCGUCGCGGCACGCAGAACAUGUUCGGUGCUAGACCAAAAGCUUCGGUCUCUAUUAUGUUGGUUGUUCAGCUGAACUCCGUUGGCUUCACUCACCAAAUACAGAGACCGAAGUUCUAGCGCGAUCUGUACAGGGGACUCAAUGGCCAUAUGUUUAUGUACUUAAGAUCGGAUAAAACGGGGAAGUGAAUUUGCGCGACAGCCGAGACGGCUGCCAGCUGUCUAGUUCGGUGCGUGCAUGCUGGACGUUUACAUCACUCGAUCAUCAUCAGUCAGGCGGUUCAGACCUUCACUUUACUACUUGUUGGAGCUGAACUAAGUUAGUGUUGAAACAAAGACAAAAUGAGCAGUCAAAGAGGUAAUGUUAAGAAGAGCAAGCCUCCUAAACAUGUGAAUAAAACAGGUUUUAAGAACUCAAUGCACGACACCAGCAAAAGAACAAAAGAAAUCAAUCACUUGAUCAUUUCUGGCGUGUGUCUUCGAUGUAAAGAGAUUCUUGAAUGGAAAAUUAAGUACAAGAAAUACAAACCUUUGACUCAACCGAAGAAAUGCACCAAAUGUCAACAGAAAAGAGUGAAGGAUGCUUAUCACAUCAUCUGUACAGUUUGCAGAGAAGCUGAAAAUGUAUGUGGCAAAUGUGGAUUGCAAGUAGAUCAGGAAGAGAGUGAUAGCAAUCGUCUUGAUAGUAAGGAAGAAGCAAUAGAAGAGCUAGCCUGUCUAUCUGAGAGAGAAAGGAGAGCUUACCUUAGAGCACAGGAGAAGACUUCAGGAUCUCAAGAACAAUCUAGAUUACCAAGGCAUCAAGCUUUAGAAGAAGUAGGAGAAUCGCACAAUGAUAAUAUAGAGAGUUCAGUUGAAACUAUAGCUAACAGAUGUAGCAAUGUACAUUUAAAUGGGAUCCCAACCUCUUGAGGCACUCCAAAUGUUUGUGAUUCAAUUAAUUCAAGAACAGGUGUGGACACAGAAAUAUACAUGAUUAUGUAUCCAUGUAUUAACAUGUAAAUCAUACAGAGGUGUGCUGAUUUGCAUUUGUAAUGGGAGAAAAUUUGAUUAUUUCUUGUUUUCCGGAUUAUGAAUUCAAGAUUUUUGUUAUGAAUUGAACAGAAAGGUGAUAUUUUCAAGUAAUCCUGCUGAAAUUGAUGAAACCUGCAGCUUGAGAGUAUAGUUUUAACCAGUUUUUAUUUAUCACAUAUUUUGCACAGCUUUUCAACAUUCAGAUUGUAUAACUUAAUGUUGAAUAUAAUUGAUAAAUAACACAAUGUAAGCUUGGAGCCCCUAAGUCAUAAUAAUAAUAACAAUAAUAAUAAUGAUAAUAUAGGUAUAUGUAUUUACCCAGGAUAGCCACUUCAGUUCCGAAAACAGUUCUCCAAACGGGCCCUGCUAUUAUUGUCAUAUGAUGCAUACUUCAUAUAUGAUUGAGUAAAGACUAUUUGAAGAAAGGAUGCCCCCCCCCAAAAAAAAAAAAAUCAUUUGGCGGAUAGUAAAUUAAUUUUAAAAAGAAUUAAAGAAAUCAUGUACCUGUCUCAAAAGGUACAUGUCUGCCCUUUGAUGAGAUAACUCAAUCAAAGAUAAUGAUCAAUGAUCAACAAUUUUCUGUUUCUUUGAAAUAUUGCUUGAAUUAAUUUCAUUAAAUGAAGAUGUUUUAUAGGAUACCUUUUUGAUUUACUCAACACUUUUAUUUUUUUGAUGAUCAGCCAUGCAUAAAGUCUGCUAAUCCUGCACUUGCUACACCAUGUAAUUCAUGAAAUGUAUUUCUUUGAUAAAAUUAAGGAAUGGAAGCAUCAGUGUUCAGAAUACCGCCCUGGUGCCAAAAUUUGCACUCACCCUUGCCUCUUGUCAGUCCCUGUAUGGUGUAAACACUUCACAGUGCCUAACAGGGGGGUACUCCCGGCUGAAAACUAUGAUUUGAAUAGAUAGAGUGAAAUCAGACAAAUAAAACACUGAAGAUUUGAAUAAAAAUUGUAAAAAUUGGAUGUGGAAUAACAACUUCAUGAUAUUUAAAGUAUUGCAUAGUUUCAGUAAAACAGCUCUAUUCAUGUCCUCAUGAAGAUGCAGUGAGCGAUAUGAUUUCAUAUCCCCUCUUAUUUUAUUAUAUGAAAAUUAUGUUUAAUCAAUUUUUCCCUUAUGAAUGUAAUAAAAAAGGAUUGACAACUGAUUCACUGUGUAAGAUAUACCAUACCAUAUAUCAUACCAUAAAAUAAGAAAAGAAAGUAGGAGGGACAUGACAUUAUAAGCUGACCUAUUACAUAUUCAUGGUGGCAUGCAUAUGACUGUUUACACAAAAAAAUUGCCAAACUUUAAAAUUCAAUUACCGGUACUUCAUUUAUACUUGCUAUCAGAUUUCGAUGACAUUAUCAGUGUUCUGCUGAUUGAAUUUUACUCUACUAGUAUUUAUAUUUUGAUAUCAUUAUUUUCAGCCUGGAGUACCCUUUUAAGCUAGUCAGUGUCAUAAAAAAAUAUGGGAGCAUCAAUAGAUAUGAAUUUUUUUCCUACAUUUUUAAGCACAUAAUUAUAUAAAAGGCUCGGGGACUACUCUUGUGAAGUUUGAAAUUCAAAGGAUUGUUAGUUUUCCAUUCAAUAUUUAGAAUUUUAUGUCACCCAAAUUGUCAUUUAUGUACAAGUACCUUAUCAACUCCCCCCUCCCCCACAGCCAAAACAAUGGAAACAUCUAAGGGUUGUUAUUAUUAUAGCAGAGCUUUUAUUUUUAACAUGUUAAUGGUCAAUGUUAGACUGAAAAAUAAACUGUUUCAGACGAGUUUUUCAGAAUUUUCUGAUUUUUCUCAAUCCUACAAUACAAAAUCUGCUGUUUCAGUGGAGUCUUAACAUUUUCUGAUCUUCUCAGUUCUACAUCUACACAGACAGAAGUCUCCCAUAGGACUCGUGAUGGUGGUGGUUCAUGCGACACAUGGCUACAGCGUCUAUGGCGAAAAGGGUGAGCUGCCUCACCCUCUUCGAUUACUGCUUUAAUCCCAGUUUGAUGGGAAAACAUAGCAAUUGAAUGAAAACUAAGUUCUUACAAAUGUAAUCAUCUCACCAGUUUCUCAAAAUCUGUGAUAUCAUCAUGUUUCUAAUGCAGCUAGAACAUACCAAUGCGCGAGCCAAUCACGUUUGUAUUACCAUAGAGCUAUGGUAUUACCAUGGUGUGUAUGGGAUACUUUGGUCUGUGGAUGGAGAGGAUACCACAAAGCCAGACAAAGUCUCAGCGGAGCGUAUCCUGAUCGAAAUAGACUGAUUUUUCGGUCUAAGGUAAUGGUAGAUAAAGUGGAGUUUCAGGAAUAUUUAUUAUCUGAGAAGUCCAAAUUUGUUAUUUUUCAGCAUUCGUAUAUCAAAUGAACUUUCUGUGUUAAAGAGGCCGAUUAUAAAAAGUUAGCUUGAACAAUCAAAGCAUAAUUAAUCUAUCUACUGUUCUUUUAGUGUCUACAACAUAGAUAUUGAAAGCCUUCAAUUUCAAUUGAGUUAAUUGAAUCAAAGGAUCAAAAUAAAGGAUCAAAUAAAAAUAUUGUAUGUGACUUGUGUGUAUGAGGGGGUAAUAGAUGAAAAAAUCAAGGUAUUUUAAAUCCACCAACCCUGAUUUAUGCAUUGUAUCCAGUAUUUUUUUACCAUUCUCUGUUUCAGUCCUGGCAUUGUGUUAAUCUAAGUGUUAUUCACAUAGCACAGGUCUAACAGUGUUCGUCAGAAUAAAAUCAUGGACUUUUCUAUA